AUGGGUACAAUUACACUAAACUGUUUUGUUCAAAAUAGCGACGAGACUUUUUCCAUAGAAAUUGAAAGAAAUAAGAAUAUUAAUCAACUCAAGAAAGCUAUUAAGGAGAAAAAAAGUGCAGAGUUUCAUAGCGUCGAUUCAGAAAAGCUUAAAAUAUGGAAGGUUCAGAUUCGUGAGAGUAGUGUUGAGUUCAAUGAUCUUAUACUCCAUGACGACGAUCGACUUCGCGAAGGAACGAGGAAGAUUAGUAGUUACUUCACCGAUGAACCACUCUGCGAUCAUAUACACAUUAUUGUCAAACCACCUCUACCGCUUUUUAAAUUUGACCUUGUACGUAUUAUGGGGCUUUUAUCCGAAGGAGACAUUGUAGAAUACCUAUACGAAGAUUGUACUCAUAAAGCGACAUUACGAGAAGGUUGUCUUUGCACGAAAGAUGGCAAAUAUCAUUCGUUUACAGAAUUUAUACGAGCUGUAAGGAAAUUAAAACUAAAAGAAAAAGUUCGCCCCAACGAUUUUCACAACCUAAAGAUUAAUGGUAUGACUUAUUGGGAAGUUCGCGAAAAACUCUAUAAAUUGUAUUUUGAUCAAAGUGAAGAAGAGGAUGAAGAAAUUGUUGAUAGUAUAUCCUCUGAAGGAAAACUCGAGGAUCUUCCAAAUACAAUCGAAACAGUUCCCUGGAAUAAAGAUCUCGAGAAUCGCCUCUGCCAGCUAUACGUGAGGGAUGAUGUCGUGGACAUAUUUUGGGGCCGAAGCAUUCUCACUGGUGAAACAACAUGGAGUGUUUACGUGGUUACUCGCAAUCUUAGCUUAUGUGAAUAUAAAGAGGAGGUCACAGUAGGUCAAGUAAUUCACUUUAUACCAGAAGAAAAAGGGUUUUUCAACGCUGAGAUUCCACCACAAAGUGCCCACGUUCCUCUUUCAACCUGGAAAAAGGUCCCACGAGAUUUACAGAAGGCUUUUGAUGAAGCCUUAAACAAUGAACUGGGUCCACCAUUCCGCGAAGCACAUUAUAAUCUGGUCGGUAUGAGCACUGGAUAUAAGCGAACUAAAGGUAAAUUUACCGAAAAACCUGCUAUCAUACUGUAUGUUCGCCAGAAAGGCAUUCUACGCCGUGGUUGUUCCUUAUUCCCGGAUAAGAUUUGUGGAUAUCCGGUAGAUGUUGUCGAAGCUUGUGUUGCUACUCCCUAUGGUUAUAGUGCGAGUGUUUGUCAAACUUAUCAGAAGAAUGUUAAGUUGGGAUCGAGUAUAGGUGUAAUAGAACCGCAGAGAACUUGUGGAACUCUUGGUGCUGUUGUGCACGACAAAGAUUCAAAACAAAUAGGUAUCCUCUCAUGUGAACAUAUAUGCAGGUUUAGUGAAUUGAGCGGUGGAACGGGUGUCACAGUCUAUCAGCCUUCGCAUAAAGAUCUAGAUGAACUGAAACAGUCAUUUGAUGAAAUGGCAAAUGAGAAUGAAGCAUACAAAAAAAUAUGUGAAAAUAUGCAUAGUCAAAUUGAUAAGGACAAACAGGAUUCGGCCCUAGCUUGCUAUGAGCGUGGCAUGCGAAGCAACUUCUUCUCUAAAGCACAUCAAAAGAACUUUGGUAUUGACGUUGCAUUUUUUAUCGCAAACAAAAAUCGUACGUUAUGUCCGAAUAAAUUUUCAGUUCCCCCAAAGUGCUUCAAAAGUGUAAAACUUCCUGAAAACACCUGUCUGAAUGGUUUUUAUACAUAUGAAGAGCUUGAUGACAUUGAUGAGAUGGAAGUCUUUAAAGUAGGAAAGUCUACAGGUCUUUCUCGUGGAAAAUUGGUUCCUAUUAGUACCGCUAUUUCCAUUGGUCUAACAAACGAAAGCAUCAAAUUUGCAAAUGAGCAAGGCGAAAUCCCACCAUAUAGUAAUAUUAAAGAUAAAGAAUGCUUCAUUGGAUACAUGAAGGCACAGUUGUUCCAAAAUUAUCAGAAAUGUUACCCUACUGUGUGGUUUGAUCGACAAUUAGUUUUUUUUUUCAGACCUGGAGACUUUGAAACCGGAGACUCGGGAGCAAGUAUUAUGGAUCAAAAAGGAAAAGCCCUUGGUAUUCUUCAUGCAUCGUGGAUGACAGGAAAUUCUAGAUACGCAAUUGCUUCCCCUUACUUUUCAGUUUUUGAGGCAUUGGAUGUAGAGUUUGAGGAAACAUCAAGUUCAGUUGAUUGA